UUCCACACCUGCUUUCCCAUGUGCAGACUAUAGAUCUGGUGUUGCUGCAGACUGUUGUUAAUUUGGUCGGGAUUAUUAUCAGUAGAGGAUCCCAGUGAGUGCAGAGAAGUCAACAGCAUCGAUGGAAGUUGACGUACAUGCUGUGUCCACCUGUGGGCAAAGUCGGCACCCUUCAGAGUUGAGGAUUGUGUUGAUAGGUGGAAGAGAACUAAACGGUGGCCCCAGUAACAAGAGUGAAGCCGGCAACAUCAUACUGGGUCAAAGUGUUUUUGACACCAGCAGAAGAACUGCCCAGAGUGUUGCCAGGCAGCAGGAGGUACAUGGAAGACACGUCACUGUGGUUGACACUCCAGGCUGGUGGUGGCACUACCCACAAGAAAACACCCCAAUGCUGGAUCAGAUAGAAAUCAGGAACAGCGUCCACCUGUGUCCUCCGGGCCCUCACGCCUUUCUUCUAGUCAUUCCUGUUGAUUUAACAUUUCCUGAGAUCUUCAGACCAUCACUAGAGGAGCACCUGAAACUUUUCCCUGAAAGACUGUUGGAUCACACCAUCGUGCUGUUUACUGUGGAUGCUCCAUUCAGUGAUAAAGAUUUAGAAUAUGAAAUCAGUCUGUGGCCAGCACUUCAGUGGAUCCUUAAACAAUGUGGAAAGCGAAAGCAUAUUCUGAACAUCAGCGACAGGCAGGAUAGCACUCAGGUCAUAGUGCUGUUCAAGAAAAUAGAGGCACUGAUUGCAGAAAAUGCUGGCAGUCACUGUUCUACUGAUAGUGCUGAUGGAAAUGCUCUAAAGGAGAAAAAGGAAGCAGUGAUUGAAAGAGCAUCAAAGAGGUUUGCUGAGGUGCAGACCAAAAGAAGGGAACUGAGAGCACUGAUUGAAGGUGGCAAAGCCCCCCCGACACAUUUAAGGAUGGUGAUGGUUGGAGCACAGUGGUCAGCCAAGAGCUCAGCAGGUAACACCAUCCUGAGAAGAAAUGCAUUUGCUGUUCGUCACAGAAGAACAACAGAGAAGUGUGAGAUCAGCCACAGCAUGGUGGCAGGCAGGCAGCUCACAAUAAUAGAUUCUCCCGGCUGGUUCUACAACAACACCCUUCAGGACCUCUGUGAGAUGGAUAAACUUGAAAUAGAGAACAGCGUGCACCUGUGCCCUCCUGGACCCCACGCGGUGCUCCUCGUGGUCGGCCUGGCAUCUGCGUUCAACGCAUCAUACCAGAGAGGAGUCCAGGAGCACAUGAGUCUGUUCACAGAUGAAAUCUGGAAGCACACGAUUGUUCUAUUCACUCGAGGUGACUGGCUGGGAGUGAAGACUGUGGAGGAGCGUAUAGAGAGUGAGGAAGGUCUGCAGUGGCUCAUGGAAAAGUGUGGGAACAUGUAUCAUGUCCUGGACAACACGAAAAAAUGUGAUGAGACGCAGGUAACGGAGCUCCUCGAGAAAGUUGAAGAGAUGUGGGCAGGGAACAAGGAUCCUCAUUAUGAAGUCGACCUGGGCCGUGCAGAGCAGAUUGAGGCAAGGAAAGAGGCUAGAGACAAGAUGGCAAAAAGGAUUUGGCGGACAACCCAAAGACAAACAAGAAUACUGAAAGAGUUGUUCAGAGGGGAGAAGCAGGCAAUCACUGACAAGAGGGUUGUACUUCUUGGCAGAAAAGAGUCGGGGAAGAGUAUGGCAGGAAACAGGAUCCUUUUUGAAGAGCUGUUUGGUACUGCUUGGAUGAAGAAGGAAUUCAAAGAUCAGCGUAGACCCAUGACGUGUGUAAAACAUGAAACAACCGUUGCAGGAGUCAACAUCUCAGUCGUUGAGGCACCAGGCUGGUUUACAGACGUGAGCACACCCGACUGGCUCAAGAGUGAAGUUAGGCGCAGCGUCUCCAUGUGUGCUCCAGGCCCUCAUGCUUUUUUCUUGGUGGUUCCCAUCUCCAAGGCCUUUACAGAGAUUGACUACAAAGCAGCGGUUGAGCUCUUGAUGCCAUUCGGUGAGAGAGUCUGGAGACACUGCAUGGUGCUGUUCACCUGGGGAGACUGGCUCAACAACAGGUUCAUUGAGGAGCACAUUGCUGCAGAGGGCAGAGCCCUGAAGCGGCUUGUGGAGAAGUGUGGAUACAGAUACCAUGUUCUCAACUGCAAUCGUUUCAGCGAUGGUUUUCCAGUCAUUGCACUCUUUGAGAAAGUUUUUGACAUGAUAAUACGAAACAAGGACAACUAUGUCGUUGCUGAAGUACCUGGGAAAAAGCAGAAACUAAUGCUGUCCUGGCAGGAGUCCUGGCAGGAGGAGUGGAACAAGAGGGAGCAGGAGCUGAUAGACCGGAUGUUGAGAGCUGUAGCACAAGAACGCGAUGAAGAAACAGAACCAUCUGUGAUGAUGGCAGCCAGCAUCGAUGGAGCCUUCACUCCAAGCAUGAGCGAAGGUCUUCCCUCAGAAGUUGGGAGCACAUUUUGGAGCGACAGAGCACGUGCCAGGGUGUCUGAAUGGCUGAGCUUUAGAGCUGGGCACUCUGACGUCACCUCUGGGGUUGGCAGCAUGAGUGCCUCGGCAAGUUAUGUGGAGAAGUUGGAUGAAAGCAUUCUGACAGACGACGAUCAACAACCGAUGUUUUUCCCAGAAAAAGACAAAAUGAAGUUGGACACUGCUCUCCGUGGCAUGGCCUCCACACAAGCUGUAGGAGCUCGGCGCAGGCACUCCCUUUAAUCGAUUAACUGCGAAAAUAUUGUCUGAUUAAUCAAUUAUAAAAAUAAUUUGUAGUUGCAGUUGUGAUUAAAUAAGAAAACAUAGGCUGUUACUAAUUCUAUGUAGACUGACCACAUAUUACUGAAAACAAAUCUUCAGUCAAGUUUUAUUGCUUUCACUGAAGGCUAAAUACCAGUGAUAAAAUGUAACUAAUUACAUUUACUCAAAUACUGUAGCUACAAUUAUGAGGUGGCCUACAAGUAUAUCCAUUUUAUAGGUUACAUUUAUACAUAUGCAUUUUGGAAGCCAAUAUUUUGCUCUUCACUCUACUACGUUUAUUUGACAAUUGGAGUCACUAGUUACUUUGUAGAUUCAGAUGAUUAAUACUAAAUAUAAAUCAUUUCAUAAAUGAUGAUAUUAUUAUAGAUUAAGCAACCCAGUAGUUUGUAGAAUAACUGAAAUGAUCUCUACCUUUACCAGCUGCAACAUUAGUGAUACUACUCACACAUGUAUAAUUCUAAAAUGGGCCAUUUUGCAUAAUGAGUACUCUUUGCAGAUAUUUUGAUGUGAAUACUUGUGUAGGCUGCUUUUACGUGAGUGUGAUUUUGAAUACAGGACUUAGAAGUGUUUUUACUCUGUGGUGUUGUUAAUUUUACUUAAGUAAAAGCUUCAAGUAGGCCUACGUCUUCCACCACAGAUAUAAUGACAAGGUUUUUUAUGUGUAUGAUUACUAGUAUAAUUUAGACAAUCUUUGGAAAAAAAAAACACCUCAGAAAAUCAUAAACUUAUUCUAAGAUCAGUAAUGCCUAUGUAUUUGUUGCCCAACAAAAUCAAAGUAAUGUUAUUUGUUUAUUCAGUGUGUAGGUUACAUGUGACAACGUUCUGAGCCUUUUUUUCAGCUGGAUCUUCAAACAUAUCUUGGUGAGGACAUUUUUACGUCAAAUAUGAUUUAUCAAAAUUCAAUAAUGCUAUUUUUCUUGCAAUGAACAAUCGGUAUGUCAAGAAUUUGCUUAUUAUUUUAGCCAAAUUUUACAUUCAUAAAAUAAAAUUCUUGAAAAAGU